GAGCUAGCUACUUCCGCAUUGUUGUCACUCCCCCUCCACAGCUACUGUUGACCCUGCUGCAUACACGCUUGAAACAACCAACUCAUUUGCCACCCCGGGGAUUACUUGUCUUUUAAAUCCAGUUUGUUUGCAAGCCAAUUUGCGCUGUUCUCGUUCUUGCUGCUGUAGGAGUUCUGGCGAGUCCGCAGCCACUGCUGGCCAUGGAGCGAGGAAGCGGGUUUUUAUUCAUGAAGUAUGGGACGGCAGCGUCUCUUGCGAUGUUUCUGCUGGCGUACUGGUUCCGACCUCCCGGGGAGUCAAGGCUGGAUGACCGGCUGGACACGGUGCUGUCCUCCCUGCUGCGGGCUGAAAGCAAAGUGGGGAUUAACAACGCCAGACCCAGGGUGGCGAUAGGUUUAGGGGGUUGUGUAGACAUUCUCGUGGACGGGGUGAGGUUGCUGAAUAAGAUCGGCCUUCCACCCACAGACCAGCCUCUACAUCAUGACUACAUAGAGAACGCUGAUCAGCUGGCAGAGAGCUUCGCUUACUUCUUCGUCCCGGGAGCCGCUGCAGAGCGGUUUGUGAUGAACAACACCCUGUUCAGUCAGCUGGUCGAGACAUCUCGUGAGUUGCCCGGCAACCGCUGGUCCAUAGGUGGCAACGCCCCAGUGAUGGCUGGUCGAAUGGCAACCGAGGGCUGCGACGUGUUGCUAGGGGGGAGCUUUAGCCCUGACUUCGCUGAUGUACUGUCCCAGCACAUCACAGUUGCAGGUAAUGUGGUGGAGGAGCCUGAUAUCCAUCUGAUCCUGGAGUACCCAUCUGGAGCCACCUGGGGCCAGUACACCGCCCGCAGGGCCAACAGGUACAUAGUCCACAGCGAUGACCAUAACCCAUACCUAGCGUCACUGGAGGACUUUGAGGAUAAGCUGCAGGACUUCCAUCCUGACCUGCUGGUGAUGGGCGGGCUCCAAAUGAUGGACAGCUUCCCCUUCCGACAGGGUGAGAGGAAACACCUGCUCUCUCGGCUGGGCAAUCUCCUCUCCUCCUCCUCCCCUCGGACGGGCGUCCAUUUUGAGAUGGCCAGCUUCGUGGAUGAGGGUCUAAUGGGGGACCUGCUGCGUCUGGUCCUGCCCAAUGCCGACUCCCUGGGGAUGAACGAGCAGGAGCUGCCCAACCUGCUCAGCCUGUUGAGGGGCUCUAACGUCACCGUACUCUCUGACCCUAACCCCCGCGUUGCUACUGUCCUCGACCAGAUGAGGGAGCUCUACCGCCUGGUCAACCAGCACUACCGCGAUGCUAAUGAGGAUAGCGGCGUGGACGCUAAUGCAGCUAGCGCUAAAGGCCGGCCGCUGUCCAGGCUCCACGUGCACACGUUGGCGUUCCAGGCCAUGAUCGUGACGCGUGGCUCCCAGUGGAAGAACACCAUGUCAGCCGUGGCCAAGGCCUCGCUUACCGCCAACCGCCACGUGUGCGGCUCGCCGGACAUCGACCCCAGCAAAGCGCGGCUCAUCAUGGACGAGUCAUUCUCUGUGAGCCGGCAGGAGGGCAGCCAGCGGAUCCCUCUAGAGGAGACCAGGCCUGUCAGCUGCUGGGACGAGGAUGACUAUGAGAUCUGUGUGGCCCCCAACCUGGUGUGCACAGAUGUUUACCAGACUGCAGGGGGAGGGGACAACAUCUCUGCCGCAGGACUGGUGCUGCAGAUCUGAGCCAACUUUAGGGACCAACGGCUAACUCUAACAAAGAGAUCCCCUAACAUGUGAAGUCUUUUAUCAUUCUGGUUUUAGGUGUGUUUAUUGUGUUGCCGGUGCAAUGCAAACGCUGGGUGCAGUGUGUCUGGCAGGGCUGAGCCUACUCCUCUUCUGUGCUUUUAGUUGUCCUCUGCCUCCUCUCCUCCUCCUCUUUCUCCUGUCCUCUGCCUCUUCUCCUCCUGUGCUCCUCUUUCUCCUGUCCUCUCUCUGAGCAGUAUGACCUGACACAUCCACAUACACUCACUCAUUCCAUCAGGUGGAGCUCAUCUCAUAAUGUCACUCAUAUCAUAUGGGACCUAUUUCCCCAACCAGGGCCACGUUCCGUAGCCAAAUGUUGCAGAUAGAAAUACCACGAAUAGAGCCGACGUGAUUCCUUACUCUACAUGUCAGAGGCAUAUUUGUUCUACAUAGCAUAUUUCUAUCUGAAUAUCCAAAAUGUUGCGUCCUGCUGAACGCGCCCCCAUGUGUUUUUCCUCUGACGUGUGUGUUAAGGUCCAGACACUGAUCACAUACACAUGACAUAUCCACUCCCUGUAGAGCAUUACAUAAAUACAUAUCUGGUGUCCAUAGCUAUUCCAUUCUGUCCCAGGAUAUCCAGGCACAAAACAAACAUUCCAUCAGUUUCACCAUUUCAGCCAACAACAUUCUAUUGUUUUUCCUCAAGGGAACGUUCAAUUGUUUUCUCUCAGGGGAAAGCUUUUGUUUGAUAUCUGACUCUUUUCAUGUUAACCUGAUUUAGAGCUGGUGGCAUAUGGGUCUUAUCUCAUGUGUCUAGCUAAGCAGUAGAAAAGGGAAUUUAAAUGUGUUAGCUCAGUGUUGCGUGAUGAUUCUUCCUCAGUCUGUCCUGUACACAUAAUGCAUUGUAAUGUUGUCAUCUUCAGUCUGAAUACUAUGUAAUGAUUGAUGACAACCACAGGGAGUGUUUCUCUGUUAUGUCUGUAAUGUGAAAGAGAAACUUUUUUACCUUUAACAUGAGCAUGUAUUCUUCUCAUAACCUCCUCACUCUCCGUAUACUGCCUGCAUCCUAUCAUAUCAUUGAGUCAUACACACAUUAGGUGCUUAAGUUGUGUGUUUGAAUGAUUAUUGCAUGGGCCACAUACAAGGCGCUUUGGAUAAAAGCAUCUGCAAAUUAAGUAUGAUAUCAGCCAAACAAGUUUGUGUCAUUUAGAUGUACUCUCUGCAGAACAGCCCAUAUGAUCUCUUUACCUUGGCAUAUGAUCUCUUUACCUGGGCCCAUAUUCAUAAAUCUUCUCGGAGUAGGAGUAAUUAUCUAGGAUCAGUUAUCUUUUAGCUCAUAGGCAAUUGAUUAAGUUUCCAUGGACCUGAUCCUAGAUCAGCACUUCUACUAUGGAACUCCUUAUGAAUACAGGCCCUGUUCUGAAGGGAGACUGGGUGCAUCCUAACAGUCUAAGUGGCUUUCUCUCCUUGUUUCCUUUAUUUAAUUGGCACUGAUCAGAAAGAACUACAUCUAUCCCCCAAUCAUAUAAGAUGAGUGCAGAUGGAAGGGAGGAAGCCGCUGUGUACAACUGACAUGCAGCAUGAAGCCUGUAGGCUUGACAGGGUUCCUCCACUGUCCUUUUAAGGCGGCUGCAUUUAUUUCCAGACAACACCAUGCCACUCCAAGCUGAGUCCACCCCUCUGGGUGACUGAUGUGCGUGCGUGUGUUCCUGCUUCUCGGCAACUGCUUGUACACACCCAUGCUGUGUGUGUGUAUGUAUUUGCGUGAGUGUCCAUGCUUUCAGAAUAUAUUUGCGCGAGUGAAUGAAUGUGUGUGUUCCUCUGGCCAGCUGAUGUAAUUGUUGUCUCAGGGAUUAGCUGACCUGUGCUGUUAAGGUGUGGAAUAUCUGGGUCCUGCUUUCUGGAGGCUAGCCACUUCCAGAUGGAUCGCAGUACAUGGAAGGAAGGAUGGCUCAUGGCCAGGUGAAUUGGUUUGUUCAGAGUGACUUGGGCGAAAUAAAGAAAAACACAUUCCA